GUAUUUAUUUACAUUGAGUGUAUAGAGUAGUUAUUGAAAUGAAAAUGCCUUCUUGUUCUGUACCUUCAUGCACAAAUAACAAUACGAAUUGUAGAGGUGAAGAUAUUAGUUUCCAUUGAUUUCCUACAAAAGAUAUUAAAUUACUUAACGAAUGGAAAAAAGUUUGUUGAGAAAGGCAGCUUAACACUUUACCAUUGAUCAAAUAUUUAUUUUUUGGAUAGCAAGAAUGUGCUCGAAUCAUUUUAAAAAAAGUUGCUUCGUGCAAAAGCCCGAGCACUUGAUUGUUAGUGGAGAUACAAAUAUCUAUGUGUUUUCCAAAGAUGCAGUGCCAAGUGAGAAUCUAUCUACCAGUGAAAGUUCAUCGUAAGUGUAAAAAAAAUUAGCAGAAAUGCUGUAUGAGUAUAAAAUAUUAGUAAGUAGCUCCAUAAUAACAAUUUGUUUUAUUAAUAAAUUGUUAUGCAUUUUAUUUAUUAUCUAAUUCUCCUUGUUAAACGAAAAAAAUUAUAAUAUAGAUUCUUUACAUGGUAAUAAUUUUUCAAUCUAUCUAAAAUUAUUGAAUUCACAUUAAUUUGAUAAUUGUUCUUAUUGAAAUAACCUUAUGCUGAAAUAAUUUUUCAUAGUUUUGUAUCACAUUCGCUGCUCAACCAUAACAAUCUUAAAACGAAAAGAUUCAAUUCCAAAUAUUGGCCAGAAGGGGCCUCUCAUUGGCUGUGGCUAUCCGGCUGCGCAAGAGCUCACCUUGUAAUCUUUACAUCAUGGAUUUCUCUAUCCUCCGAGGUUCCAACUCGGUUCUGCACAUUCUCAAGCAUGCGCAGCAUAGAUAAAGUGUCUCGACGAGAGAGAAAAUGAAUAUUAUCGGCACCGUAACGUAGGGACGUUUUUUCCAAUACCAACUGUUCAUAUAGGAGUAUUACAUAUAUGCAGAAACCAGAGUGUAGACGGAGUGAGGAAGUAAUAGAUAGAGAAAGAGUGAGGGAGGAAUACAAACGCGGAGAGGGGAAUAUAGGCAUCACACAGCUGGACGCACUAAAUUUUAUGGACGGAUUUUUGUUACUUCGGCUUGUGGAAAUCACCAGAUUAUAUAUUUUUUGUUAUUCUUGGAUUAUUUCCUUCAAACUAGAAAGAAAAGUUUAGCAACGCUCGAGAAUGUCGUCAUUUUUUGCACAACUUUCUAGCCCUUUCUUUACGUCACUUUCAAAUUGUCAGAUUAGUGGAAUUUGGUGGAGGUACUUAUCUGCUGCGCUUCAGUGAAUCCCGAAAUCUCCUCUUGGACCUCCCUGCCAUUACUAUUCUUUUCCCGGCUUAUAAAGUAGAGUUUUGUUGAUAUUAGUAAAUAACCUGAACGUAAUAUUGAUAUUUAAUGCAGGAAGGAUCAUUUAAGCAACGCGCUUCAUUCAAAUUUAACACUUGCUAUUGGUAAAUUUCCAAACUAGCUUUCUCAACGCCACAUAUAUGUUUAACCUAAUUUUAAUGCGAAAAUAGAUUGUAAAUCUAUUUUUGUAUCAAAACAUACAUUACAUUUCAUACAUCUAAUGAUGGCUACUCGUCGUAACAGAAACCGAUUUGAGGAAGAAUUGUUCCUGGAAGUGGAUAGACAUUAUUUUAAUUAUGAUAUAGGAGAGGAUAACGGAGACUCAUUAUUGGUUUAUGGUGUAUUGAAGGCUUUAGUUGAGGAAGAUUAUGAUAGAGUGAAAUCACUAGUCAGAAGAGGGCAGUCGAUUAAUAUUAAUGACAGUAGCGGUAACACUCCGUUACACGUCACUGUUCUUAAAGAUAACCUAGAAAUUUUGGAGUUUUUACUUUCACAACCGAGUGUAGAAGUUAACAACAGAAAUUUCACUGGUGAAACUCCUUUGUUAAUAGCUAUAAAAUGUGGAAAUAUCAAAAUAGCUGAAAAGCUGAUACAAUCUGGAGCUAAUGUAAACAUACCGAACUACGAAGAAGUAACUCCAUUACAUAUGUCUGUGAGCCAUGCCCGGUUAGCACAUCUAUUGAUAAAAUCUGGAGCGUUUAUAGACGCAAAAGAUUACAGUGGAGAUACACCUUUGCAUGAUGCGGUUGCUGAAGAAAAUUUAGAGACUGUUUGUAUGUUAUUAUAUUAUAAUGCCGAUGCAAAUGUACAUGGUGUUAAUAAUCUAACACCUUUUAUGAAAGCUAUUAUCUCAAAAAACGUCGAAAUUCAAGCGGUUUUGAUAGAAUACGUCGAUGAUUUCAAUAUAGAAACAUACGACAACGUUACUACUUUAGCUUUAGCUAUAACGAAUAGAACGCCGUUUGUUGAAGAAAUUAUUUUGGGCGGUGCUGACGUUAACUAUGCUUACGGAUACGAUUUGAUCGACCCAUUUGCUUUGUGCCUCCAAUACCCAAAUGCAAAAACUUUUAGACUAGUUUGGGAUAGACUGAUCUACAACGGGGAUGACAUGUCUCUUGGUAGUAUUUUAUGGAGAAUAAGUGGUACUCUGAGGAAAGAUAUUUUUAAACAAUACGUAGAUGUGAUCAUCGAAAGUGAUAACAUAAAUCAAGCUGUGGAAUCGCUUAAUACCGCCGAAGAUUUUUACAUGGUGAUUGUUCGAUUCUGUGAUUUUUUUCAUCAACUUUCUUUAGAUCAAUUAACGAAGUUAACUUGUAGGAUACUUACUUAUGGUUAUAACGUUACUAGUUUCGAUAUGAGUAAAAUAUUUUUGCAUUACGGUUAUUGCGAAUUAUUUCGAAUCAUGCUACACAUGGAUAUUAAAUAUAUUGGCAGAAGACCGCCGGAUACAUCAAGAUUAAUAUACGAUUUAAAUUAUAAGAUGACUGAUUUGCUGGAUCAAUUAGUUGACGUUAUAAACAUUGAAUAUUUACAUAAUACUAUUUAUCAAAUAUUAGAUUACUGUAUUUAUCCCAAAUUAUUGAUUGGAUAUCUGCAAUUGGAAAGAGAUGAUUAUGUAACAUUCAAGAUUCUUCAUUUGCCUAAAAUUCCAUCUUUAUUAGAAUUAGCGAGGAAUGCGGCUAGAGAGUACGUCGUUGAAAAAUUUAAAAUAAAAUCUUCAAGGCAGUUUUAUACAAUUAUAAAUUACAUGAAUAUCAAUAAAGUUUACAAAAAAAUAUUAACGUUUGAAAAGAAAUUGUAUUUUCCUACGUAUUUAUAUUCAUCAAAAAAAUUAAUAAACGCAUCUGAAUGAUUUA